GCGAGGCUCCCCGGGAGACUGACACACGGAGGUAGACAGGCCUGCUGUUUGUGUGGAUCUAGGACACGACUCCAUCAGCUUAGCUCACUGUGCCACUCAACAACCAACAGCACAAGGAGAAAUAAAGUCAAGACUGAUCUGAUCCACGUUUUUACCUCCACUCAUCGAGCCACCUUUCAAACUGGCUGCCACAAGUCAAGAAUGGAAAAUCUGACAUCAGCCCUCAAAACAUUAAACAAGAACUCAGGGAAUAACCAUAACUGCCUUGAGACCUUCAACGGUUAUGAAGAGUCGCUUCUGCCCGUCCAAGGGACGCCAGCUCGCGUGGGGCGCCACAUCAAACCUAAACCCAAUCUGAACUGCAGGCGAAAGCGCGAGUUCAUCUCUGACGAUAAGAAGGACGCCUGCUACUGGGAGAAGCGUCGCAAGAACAACGAGGCUGCCAAGCGCUCCAGGGAGAAGCGACGACUCAAUGAUAUGGUUUUGGAAAACCGUGUCAUUGCACUGAAUGAUGAGAACGUGAGGCUCAAAACGGAGCUCCUUCAGCUGAAGCUGCGCUUCGGCCUCAUAAGCACCGCUGCAUAUAUUGAGAAGAGCCAGCAGAUUGGUGGGGGCAGCAACACGGGGGAUGGAGGCUCAUCCUUAUCUUCCUCUUCUCAGUACUACUCCAGCGGUUACUCCAGCAGUUCUCAGGUGAUGGUGACCUCAGACUCUUCAGAAACGGAGCAAUCAGGGCGUAGCGAGGGCCACAGGCAGCUGGUGAAAUACUCCCCACGAGGUUCCCUCUCCGACAUGUCUGAUAGCUCCUCCAGGGACAGCCCCGAGCCAAUGCCCUUUGAGAUCAAACAGGAAGGCGACAGGCUGGAGAUGGACAUCACCGACAGCACCACAACCCAAAUCAUGUUUAACAUCCAUCGCAGUCUGGCCUCAGUACCCACUCACCACCAGAUCGAGCAGCAUUCUCAGGAGCUGGAGGCCACUUAUCACAGUCAACAGCAGCAGCAGCAGCAUCUUCACCAACAGCAGCAGUCCCAUCCGGAGUCUGUUACCACAAUCAACACAAGUAGCCAGCCCGCUCCUCACCCACCUGCUGCUGCCCAGCGGAGUGUCAUUCUUUAUGGCUCCAGCAGUGCCUCCUAUCCCGUGGAACCCCUGAAUAGGCCACAGGACAUUUGUGAUGUGAUGGCUGCUCAGAAGCAGAGUGUGUGCAGCAGCCAGACGUGCGUGAGUCGACCGCCUCAGUCCGUUAGCGAGAGCUCCACAGAGACGUCGGCAGAAGUGACAAAACAGCUGGAGAGGCAGAUAUUGGACUCCCCCCCUCCGUAUGAGCUCUCAGACAGCCAUAAUGAGGCUGAAGAAAGACAGCGGUACAGAGUCCUUCCCCAGCAGCACCAGCAGGAGGGCGACGCAUCGGCAGAGCUCCUCCACAACCAAGCAGACGAGGUCAACCAAUCCCAGCUGUAUCACCGUCUCCAGCAGCAUCAAACUUCAUACCUCAGUGCCCAAGACGAGGAGCCGCCUGUGCUUACUUACGAAGGUGUGUCCAGGAAUGAGGCUUACUACCAAGGCCCACCAAGCUCUUCUAGUAAGGACACCUCAUCCAGCUCGGACAAAGAGGCCUCCACAGAUGAUGACGAGUCCCCCUCUCCACCCUGUUCAGACAUGGGCCGAUACAACAACCAACACCUUACCAGUCUCCACCGGCCUGCCUCACCUCUGCCAUCCUCCCACGGCUGCGCUCAGGCCCAGGGUUGGGAUCCGCAGGGGGAGGUGAAAGGCACAGCAUUGCCCCACAAACUCAGACUAAAACACAGAGCCAUGAGCACUGGCAGCAGCGGCGGCAACUGUUCUGGCCAGGAGUCCCCGACGACACCGCCCUGUGCCACACCUCCUCCCCUGCCACAGCACCCCUACUUUUCUCUCACGCCACAACAGAACACUGAGCGAGAGUUCCCGGUCGUAGCCUGUGCGCAGGCAGCAUCGGGGCAGGGGGCCAGGAAGGAGAGCGGUGGAUGUCCAAACAAGAGGCGAGAUUAAGUCACAGCCGUUUUUAGAACUUGUUGGACUUAAACAAGAGAAACAAUUACCCUGCCAUCAUGCCUUUGCCCUAUAAUCAAAUCCCCACUAAGCACUUGGGACAGUAAAGCUGGGCUUGUCCACUCCCCUACACCCAACGUCACCAAAAAGGCUGGACAUCCUGUAGGGCUGUAUUAUAUUUGUAUAUAUUGUACAGAUUUGUCAUUUCUUACAUCCUCUCCAUACUUGCAAAGCACUUUUGUUUAUGCGAUGAGAGGAGGAAUGGAACUACCUGCUUUUCUACAUUUCCCAUCCAACAGUAUACAUGUAUAUAGCAGAGUACAUCAGCAAAAUCUGCAUUUUAAAUGGCUUAAAAACACGAAUGUGGAAAAAAAAAAGUUUCAAGCUUUAUCAGCACAAUAAAUUUGGUACAUACUUGACUGUAGACAAACAUACACAUGUAUGGCUAUCUGCCUUAAAUCAAAUGCAAACAUAGACUGGGGACAUUCCCUCGACCAAAGAAGCACCAACACUACAAACAUCCAUAAGUUCCAUACCUCUUCCCAGGCCCUACCUCUAUCAACCCUUUCUCUGUCCCACCCACCCCCAACCGCCUCCAUUACUUCACGAAAAGAUCACCAUCGCCUUUAUUUUUAAGCACUUGGUUUGUAUAUUACUGUGAUAAAUGAAUAUAUGUAUCUAUUAUAAAUAUAUAUAUUUUACAAAGACAUUUGAAUACAGAGUCGACACAGAACCUGCAAUGGUAAAAUAGGAUUUUUUUUUUUUUUGGAGAAAGUGACCAUUCUGAUAUGAAUCACAAUCUCUGUACAGCCACACAGGACCCAUUCAAGAUCAAAAUGCCUCUCUUGAUUGUUCAGCUUUAGCGUUAAUGCUGGGUUUACACAGAAAUGGCCAUCCAGUCUGGAGCGCCAACGGCACUGAAUGGAGAACAUGUUCUUUCCUGAGGCGAGAGCCUCAUUAAAAUGUUUGGAUUUCUUAACCUUUAACCAGCCUUUAACUAUAUUCGGUGGAAUUCACCAGCUGCAGGCUCUGAGCCACUCGUUUAUUUGAGCUUUAUCAACCAUAUCUUGUUGUUGUUGUUGUUACCAUUUAGCGGCCCCGUGUAUUUAUUUCCCUCUUCUCUUCACACACCGUCACUGCAGGAAAGCCCAAGGGAACAUAGACAGAGAAUGUGUACAGACGUUUUUUUUUAGAUACAGUACGUACUGCAGCCUUAAGUGUGAACUAUAACGCAGGAGGAAUUCAUUCACAUUCAUGUAAACACACUACAGUGCACUGAGAUCUGACAAACCCGCGAGACUAACUUACUGUCAAUUUACUGAAAAGGAAAUGAGGUUUCGUAGUGUGACCGAGUCCUCAACGCUCUUAAAAGGAUUCCAGACCAUUGAGUUAUCGUGAAAUAAAAGCCAUCGUAGCACCAAACUCAAGUUCGAGCCAUUGUUUAAACUGUUAAAAGAAUCCGAGCUGAUAUUAAUGAAGACUUCCCUUGUUGCCCAUGUGCCUCCAUUAUUCAUUUUAGGGUUUAUUCGUCCUUGUCUCACGGUAGUUCUGCUACCGGGGGAGAGAUGGAUUGCCUGCACUGGAUUUUAGUUUCAAAAAGUCUGUGUACCAUGUUUGGCUUUUUGGUGCUUGUGUAUAAAUGUAAAGUCGCCCCUCCGCCAUCACCCCACCCUUGAACAACACUGUAAUGUUUAUUUCAUCGGUUUUAUAUCCUCUUUUUCGUCAAGGUGUUCCGUUUUCCUCUAUCCUGUGUCUUUCCCACUAUCGACUGUGAUGACAUGUAUUUGCCUCAUCCCCCCCUUUUUCAGUGUGUAUUAAUCAGUAAUGUUUGUGGUUUUGCUGAUGGUUUUAUAAAAAAAAGAAGAAAAAGGAUCAGGCAAGGACAGUGUGGUGUGUAGAGACGGCGGGUGCCUGGUCUGAUUGAUCAUUAACAUUGCGUCAUUUUGCCAUGAAUAUGUAUGUAAAACACUAAUGUUGUGGAAGAUGGGAGCAUUUCAAAAUAAAAAAAGAAUGUUGACUUCUCAACAUAUCAUGAAAA